UUCCAGCAGGUCAUGUCAGUUCGUCCAGAUCUUCAUCAGCACUAUGUGCAGUCCUGCCAAAGCCUGGGCCAACCUGAAAACCCCUUCAUUGCUCAUGUACUUCAAGAAAUCAAUAAAAAUGAUAAAAUGAAAGGGACAAAAGGGAUCACAUUGAAAAUAGCUGGAAACAAUCAUCUAGUGCCUGUGCAGAAGGUUACAGAUGAUGAUCUUCAAGUUCUUGCCUCUGUCUUACACAAUUCUGUGUUUGUCACAGGUUUGGAUCUUAGGUGUAAUGUAUUGACUGACGCUGGAGCAAAGCACGUGGCAACGUUCCUCCAGGAAAACUCCACUCUGCGCUACCUUAACCUGAUGUUUAAUGAUAUUGGCACAAGUGGAGCAGAGCUGAUAGCAGCAGCGCUCCAUAGGAAUGAUACUCUUGCAUAUUUGAGAAUGACUGGAAACAAAAUAGGAAACAAAGGUGGGAUGUUCUUUGCUUCAAUGCUACAAAUCAAUUCAACCUUAGAGAAGCUGGAUCUUGGAGACUGUGAUGUGGGUACCCAGUCUCUAAUAGCCAUAGCAACAGCCCUGACUCAGAACCAAUCACUCAAAGCAAUUACCUUAAAUCGUCCUUUAUUAUACAGCCAAGAGGAAGAGACCACAGUUCAUAUAGCUCUGAUGUUGAAAACCAACCCUUCUCUUGUGGAGCUACACUUGUGCAAGCAUGAAAUGAAAAACUUUGGUGUAGAGCGACUGUGUGAGGCACUGUAUGAAAACUCCAGCCUGAGAUACCUUGAUCUUGGCUGUAAUAAAAUCAGCCGUGAUGGUGUAAAGUUUCUGGGAGAACUACUAAAGUGGAACCAAACGCUGGAAAUCCUUGACCUUUGUGCAAACAGAAUAGAAGAUGAGGGAGCCAUCUACCUGAGUGAAGCCUUGGCUUUGUACAACAGGACUCUUCAGGCGUUGUCGGUAGUAAGCAAUGGUCUAAGUGGCAAAGGACUGGUGGCUCUUGCAAAUGCAAUGAAAACAAACAUGGAGCUUUCCUAUAUUUACAUCUGGGGGAACAAACUGGAUGAAGCCACCUGUGUGGCAUUUUCAGAAUUAAUUCAGACAGGGCGCUUGAAACCUAAUUGUACAGACGUGGACCCAUACGAGGUGGAUGGGCACGUUCACCUUGCAGAGCUCUCCCAUGGCCUUCAGAAGCAUUACUACUGGACACCAAGCUGUGGGGAGGAGACAAGCAAAGAUGCUAAUGCCAGUCUGGCAAUUGCAGCCGUUACAGAGUACCUUUGA